GUGGACUUGUAUCGAUUUGCAUGGCACUCACGUGAGCUGCGGCAAAGUCUCCGAGUCAUCAGGAAUCAGCGAUUAAUCAUCCUCGGCAAAAUGCCGAAGCGUCCCAAAAAGGCAGGUCUGUGUGUCGGCCCAACGUCCUUGAUUCUUCCUCAGUUCAGGAUGACUUUGUAUUAUUUGCAUAAAUACCUGGGUAGUAGUAGUAGUUAGUUAGCUUUCAUUGAAUCGAGUACCUACCUACGCGACUUCUGCUACCCCAAGACUCGGCUUUGAAGACUCCAGCAUAACGCCUUGAUUCUCCUCGCUCAACCAGCUUAAAGAAACCAGGCAUCGUCACAGUAAGGAGUCACGAGGCCUCACCCUCCCACAAUCUAAGCUUCACAGUUCCAUGUCCGACGCAUCCAUACACCGCAUUGUCAUCAUCGGUGGCGGUAUCAUCGGGUGCACGACCGCCUACUAUCUGUCCCGGCACCCCAAGUACAUCCCUUCGGAAGUCGCGAUCACCGUCAUCGAGGCGUCAUCGCGCGGUGCGGCGCAGGGCGCGUCUGGAAAGGCGGGCGGUCUGGUCGCCAAGUGGGCCUAUCCGAAGGAGCUCGUGUCCGUCUCGUUCGCGGAGCACGUCAGGCUCGCGGAGGAGCACGACGGCGCGGCGCGUUGGGGAUGGCGGUACGUCGCGAUGGGGAGGUGGGAGGGCAAGGGGGCCGAUUCGGGGGUCCGGAUGCCGCGCGCGCACGAGAAGAGUCUGGAGAAGACGCUCGGACUUGAGCCGGACCGCAGGGGGACGAGGAAGACGAAGGGGCUGCCGGACGACCUGCUGUGGGUUCGCGAGGAUUUGACCGAGUCUUAUUCAUCGAUGGCGCCCGACGGAGAGACGGCGCAGGUCCAUCCGUACCUGUUUACGACCGGCAUGCUUGAUCUGGCGAAGGAAAAGGGCGUGGAGUUCACGUCCGGCUCGGUUACUUCGAUACUGAAGGAGGGUGGCCAAGUGACCGGUGUGCGAUACACCGACCCCUCUGGGACCGAGGAGACGCUUCCCGCGUCCGACGUGCUGCUCUGCGCGGGUGCAUGGUCCUCGCGGAUCCUUCCCGGGCUGCCGAUCGAGGGCACGCGCGCGCACAGCGUCGUCAUUCGCACGCCGGCCGCGUCGCCCAUCGCACCGUACGUGCUGUUCACUGAGAUCACAGGGACGGGGAACGGUGCCUUGAGCCCCGAGAUCUAUGCGCGGCCGGACGGGACGGUAUAUGCGUGUGGGCCGGGCGACGACAGCGCUGUCCCGGACAGCGUGGACGAUGUCGGCGUGGACUCGCGUGCGUGCGAUGCGCUGCUCGAGGAUGUGUGCACCAUAUCCGAGGAGCUUGCGGCUGGGGACGUCGAGGUGCGGCAAGCGUGUUUCCUGCCCGCCUGCAGUGCUGGCGGCGGCCCGAUCGUUGGUCAGGCGUCUCCCGGUUUGUUCAUCGCGACGGGACACACUUGUUGGGGAAUCAGCAACGCGCCCGGAACUGCCAAAGCAAUGUCCGAGUUAAUAUUCGAUGGGAAAGCUCGUUGCACUGAUCUGAAGAACCUCCAUCCGUCCAAUUUUCUGUAGCCCGGCAUGUAUUCAUAUGCAAGAGUGUCACAGCGAAGAGAGUACAUGAUGGUGGAGAAUGGAAUCUAAGCAGCGCCACUCAACCUCCCGGGCUCCCGAUCUCUGUCAAUCAACGAGACAAUACCUCGAUAGCGCACAUUGCGCCGUGGUUCCAUUCCUCCGCAGUCAACGAAAACGAGGGGACGGUUAAGAUCCGGGGUGCACGAGCCUUGAGGAGAUAGGCAAUGAAUGCGGUGCAGAUGAGCUUCGCAGGAUCAGGACCCUGGAGAGUCAGACGAUUGAGGCCGGAUAAUAGACCUUGGGCGUGCGAGUAGUGGAUUCUAGUCAGAUUCUCCGUGAAUCUAUGGAAGAAGUAUACUUUGAGGAAGCUGGAUAUGGACCGUCUCACAGGCGCAGACACGCGGGGGUUUCUUCGGCAUCGAUCGCCAACGUAAAUCGAUGUGCCACUGCAUGGACAAACUCGAAAGUAGGGCGGCAGGGAGCACACGAGUGCGUGCACCGUGGUGAGCGCAGGUGAGCUAGCGUAUCAAGCCUUCGAGACGCCGUCCUUCCAGGAAAGGCAAUUCAGAUUGAUGCCGCGGAGCGGAAUGGGGCACGUGGGAACGGGCGCCCCACAAACAAACUGCGUGAGGCGAUCAAAAGUGGUGUAUCCCUCUUUCUUGGGCCACAGCAUCGCAUUUAAGACCCUCCACAUCCUCCCAUCCCUUCUCUCCUUCUCGCCCCUGCAAAAUGACUGAAUACGACUACAGCGAGGAGGGCUACAAUCGAUUCAUGGAGACCCAGGCGCGCAUCUCGCGCUGGGCAGAAAAGACGAAUCGCACCCCCCAAUCCGAUCCGUUCACGCCGCAGACUCCUGCGCUAGCCUCCGCAGUGGCACCGCUACCCAUGCCGGGGAUCGUACCCGGUCCCAAGAGGCGGGACAGCAGGAGAGACCGCGACCGGAGUGCAUUGAAAGAAGACGUCACGCGACGCGAUCGACGACGGCGGACGCCGCCACCUCCCCUCCUCAUCCCCCAGGAUCCAUACAUUGGCGGUGGCCCCGUCUCUACGCCUGUGCCAGGCCACCCCCACCAAUACUACCCCUCAUCCGUCCAGCCUUACUACGCGCAAAACCAAUACUACAGUGCUCCACCCGAGCCGAGACGAACGCGCUCUUCGUCACAAAGCCUGCCCCCUCCUUCGCACACCCUAGCACGACCGCCGCCUCCGCCGCACUCGCGUCCGAGUCCGGUGCGAUCACACUCCGUCGGGCAACCCCCGAUGGCCGCAACACACGGACACCCCGUCCGCUCGAAUUCGCUGCCUUACGCUGGCCCCCCACCCGCAUCGGCACCGGUGGCGCCUUCGGGCGCGCCAUUAUAUGCAGCACCGUCCCCUCGCCAUGGCGCAGCUUACGGAUACUCGCCGCACGCGCUACCGAUGUACGGCUACGGCCACGGGCCGGGGUAUCCAGGACCGUCCCCACUGAAUGCGGCGCGGGGGCCGAUGCGACCGCAGCCAUCGCGGCAGGGCUCCAUGCUGAAGCGCGUGUUUGGGUGGACUCAUCGGACGAGCCCUGGGCCGAUGAGGUCGGAUUCAUACUGAUCGUGCUAUGUAUGCAGAUGAUGUAGGGUAGGUCGUUGUAUUUUAGUCAUCGGUAUCGUGCAUUACAUCUCUAGUUGGAGUCAUGGAGUGAUUUGUCCGGGAGCACCAGUGUACUUGACUGAUGGUGACUUUCGUCAGCUGCGAACAACACGUGCGCGGCUAGGUCGAUUCCAUGGUCCCCCGUCCACAGAUAUCCGAGACUGUGCUGGUCGAAUCUGCGGCUAUCCAAUCGGGGUCAACGAAGAGGGUUCUUCUUCGAUAUAUACCCUGUAGUUUCAAAUGAAAGUGAUAUGCAACUCGAAACAUUGCUCGGCCAUGGCCCGAGGUCUCCCACGAAUCCGCGGUAUGGGACACAAGAUCGUUGUGGCCACCGCAUUGCGUGGCGGAAAGAACUUGGUACCGUUGUAAAAGAGAAGCGCUUCAUGAAGAUAUAGUUUCGGGAGACCGAACGGUUGGUGUCACAACUGGCAGGAAGAAAGCAAUGUCAGUGCAUCGCCACUUGAUCAGCUCUCUCCCUACCCACGCGCGCAAUGGUCAAAGCAAAGAAAACGCGUCCGCGAAAGUCGGGCGUAGAUCCUUCUCCCGGAGAUUAUAAGCUGGGAAACGACUGCGACGCGCCUACGCUGAACGAAUGGGAGAGCAUGAAGACCUACGACGCGUUCAACAUUAUUCCCGAGGACUCGCAGGAAAUGUAUACAUUCCAAGCCGGCAGCAAAGUGCUUGUGCAACCAUUCGGACACGAGGUCGGGAUGCUGGACAUCCACCAAUACUGGAUAGCGAGGGUCGUUGAGAUUCGUGGGCGCUUACCUGCUCAAGGAGAGAGCAAGGCAGUAAGGCCUGAGUCUGAUGUCUGGGUCAUGGUCGAGUGGUUUUACUCUGCGGACGACCUACGAAAAGAAAACCCUCGCCUUCGUGGGAGAUUAAAGUGUUGCGGCAAGUUUGAGCGCUUUCAGUCAGGCCAUCGGGACUGUAUAUCCGUCUCUGUCUUUCAAGGCGCGUCAUCUGACAUCCUGAUUCUCACGUCUCUCAAUCUGUAGAACAGAAAUCGUCACUAUGAAAUCUUUCGACGAGAACAUCCCAGAACAAGAGCUGAUUCACGCCGAGGAGCUCUAUUACCGCUCGACAUACCAUCACACUAGCGGUGCAAUAUCGCCAGCUCGACCAACGCUAUGCUGCUGUGGCGAAGCGUACGAUCCAGACGAAACAUCCGCGGAACACAUCAUGCACUUUUGCUCCCGCUGUCGACGCUGGCUGCACCGAAAAUGUCUCUCCUCCCCGCUUCCGUCACGGAGAGUCACUCCAGCUGAGUUCCUGCAGUUCGACCCCGACACAAACAGCCGGCCACUGUACCCCUUCUGGAGCGCCGUUGCAGACGACUCACCGUCGUCCGUGUCCUCCUCGUCGGAGCGACCGUCGAAGCGACCGCGGCUGAGCACAUCGACGCCGGACUCGCUGGUCGCGCCGGAUCUGCAGGUUCUGGAUGACCACAUCUCGGGCCUCCCCGCGGAUCUCGUGAAGCUCGCAACGCGCUCUGUCAUACGCGGGGGCCCCGCUGGGAUCGUGGGCAACGGACCCGCUGUGAUCGAGGCCCGGCGGAAAGUGUGCCAGUUUCUGUGCCAAGGGGACAGCACCAAGGCUGCGUGGCUGCAGGACUGGCGCGCUCGGAUGCCGGCAGACUGGGAUACCAUGCUUCCCGGGGGAUGGGACACCGUGGUUAAGCAGGAGCCUGAUGUGGCGCUCAAGAAGAGGACCAGAGGACGGCCGCGGAAAACCGUCCCUGUUGUGGUUCCGGAUCCACUCAAUCCCCCGACCCUGGAAUGCCCCGACUGCCACAAUCUCAUCUGACUUGCCUUGUUACAUCUUCACACAUCUGUAUUUGUUUGUCAAAACUUCAAGUGUAAUUCGUACCAUUCUUGCCGCACGUUUUCAUUCUUCUGUCUAAUGUAGCUUCACGUGGUGUGACGGCACGCGUUUGUCACUCUCUCGCUCGAAGGCCG